AUGUCGUGGCUGUAUCAGACCAACAAUGCUGUUAAGUCUCGUGAGGUUACACCAAAGCUGGAGAGAACAAAGAACUGGCGCGAGUGGAUCGAGGAAUUGCGAACUAUUGGAGAGAUUACGGAACCAACUAACGGUCUUUAUCUUGUUCCACCCUCCGAAGAAGACGCCCGUAACAUCAUUGCGGAUCGAGACUCAAUCAAAGUCGUCGAUCCGGCGACAGAGCUGGUUACAGUCACUACACUGGUGUUACACGAAUCCAUCUCCGAAGCAGCAUUUGCCAGCUACUUCGAACAUCGCUUUGAAUGA